CCUCUGCAGACCUCAUUCAAACCAACACACCCAGACUGCGGGAUGCGAACCCACAACGCAACUCGUCCCGACUAUCACCAGUGAACCCGGACUGAACCCGGACUGAACCCGACGGAUCGGUGAUAGAAGCUCCUCUCGUGCAGAGCACUCGACCCGCGGCUCACGCGCACACUCACUCUGAUUAGCACCCGGCUAACGGCCUACGGCUAGCGGCUAGCAUGGCGAGCGCCUCGUACCACAUCUCCAACCUCCUGGAGAAGAUGACGUCCAGUGACAAGGACUUCAGGUUCAUGGCCACUAACGACCUGAUGACGGAGCUUCAGAAGGAUUCCAUAAAGCUGGACGAUGACAGUGAGAGGAAGGUGGUGAAGAUGAUUCUCAAGCUGUUGGAGGAUAAAAAUGGAGAAGUUCAAAACCUCGCUGUCAAAUGCCUCGGGCCUCUGGUCAGCAAGGUGAAGGAGUACCAGGUGGAGACUAUCGUGGACACACUCUGCACCAACAUGCUGUCGGACAAGGAGCAGCUCCGAGACAUCUCCUCCAUCGGCCUCAAGACCGUCAUAGGAGAGCUGCCCCCUGCCUCUAGUGGCUCUGCGCUAGCUGCCAGCGUGUGUAAGAAGAUCACUGGGAGGCUAACCAGCGCGAUCGCUAAGCAGGAGGACGUCUCUGUACAACUGGAGGCUCUGGACAUCAUGGCCGACAUGCUCUGCAGACAGGGCGGUCUCCUGGUGAACUUCCAUCCCUCCAUCCUCAGCUGUCUUCUGCCUCAGCUCACCUCACCCAGACUGGCCGUCCGCAAGCGGACCAUCAUGGCGCUGGGCCACCUGGUGAUGUCCUGUUGUAACCUGGUGUUCAUCGACCUGAUUGAACACCUGCUGGCGGAGCUUGGGAGGAACGACAACAUGUCCACCACCAGGACCUACAUCCAGUGCACUGCUGCCAUCAGCCGGCAGGCCGGCCACCGCAUAGGUGAGUACCUGGAGAAGAUCAUCCCUCUGGUGGUGAAGUUCUGCAACGUGGACGACGACGAGCUCAGAGAGUACUGCAUCCAGGCCUUCGAGUCGUUCAUCAGGAGGUGUCCUAAGGAGGUGUACCCCCAUGUUUCCACGGUGAUAUCCCUGUGUCUGCGCUAUCUGACCUACGACCCCAACUAUAACUAUGACGACGAGGAUGAGGACGACAACGCCAUGGACGCAGAGCAGAACGAUGAAGAUUAUCAAGGAAGUGAUGAUGAGUACAGCGACGACGACGACAUGAGCUGGAAGGUGCGGCGGGCGUCUGCCAAGUGUCUGGACGCCGUGGUGGCGAGCCGGCACGAGAUGCUGCCUGAGUUCUACCGCUCGGUGUCGCCCGCACUGGUGGCCCGCUUCAAGGAGAGGGAGGAGAACGUGAAGGCAGAUGUGUUCCAUGCCUUCCUGUCUCUGCUGAAACAAACGCGGCCGGCCCAGGCCUGGCUAAACGAUCCUGAUGCCAUGGAGCAGGGAGAGACCCCCCUGACCAUGCUUCAGAACCAGGUCCCUAUGAUAGUGAAAGCACUCCACCGCCAGCUGAAGGAGAAGAGUGUGAAGACCAGACAGUGUUGUUUCAACAUGCUGACGGAGCUGGUGACGGUGCUGCCUGGAGCCCUGACCACACAUAUACCGGUCCUCAUACCAGGCAUCAUCUUCUCUCUGAACGAUAAGUCGAGCAGCUCCAACCUGAAGAUCGACGCUCUGGCCUGUCUCUACGUGGUGCUCUGUAACCACCCAGCCACCGCCUUCCACCCCCACGUCUCAGCCCUGGUGCCACCCCUGGUGGCCUGCGUGGGAGACCCCUUCUACAAGAUCACCUCAGAGGCCCUGCUGGUCACGCAGCAGUUGGUCAAGGUCAUCAGACCUCUGGACGGCGCAUUGGGGAGCUCGGAUAGUUUUGACCCCUCCCCCUACAUCGAUGAUGUUUUUAAUUGUACAAUCAAACGCCUCAAAGCUGCGGACAUCGACCAGGAAGUUAAAGAACGUGCCAUUUCCUGUAUGGGACAGAUCAUCUGUAAUUUAGGCGACCAUCUGCCCAAUGAGCUGCCUGGAACCCUGCUCAUCUUCCUGGAGCGUCUGAAGAACGAGAUCACCCGGCUCACCACGGUGAAGGCCCUGACGCUGAUCGCGGGCUCCAGGCUGAGCAUCGACCUGCGGCCCGUGUUGCCCGACGCCGUCCCCAUCCUCGCCUCCUUCCUCCGCAAGAACCAGCGGGCGUUGAAGCUCUGCACCCUGGCGGCCCUCGACAUCCUGCUGAGGAACUACAGCUCUGCGGUGACCCCGGCCAUGGUGGACGCGGUGCUGGCCGAGCUCCCGCCUCUGAUCUCGGAGAGCGACAUGCACGUGAGCCAGAUGGCGCUGAGCUUCCUGUCCACGCUGGCCCACACUCACCCCUCGGCGCUGGGCCAGCUCAGCGGCGGGGCCAUCCUCAGCCAGCUCAUCGUCCUGGUCCGCUCGCCACUGCUGCAGGGGGGGGCUCUGGCCGCCAUGCUGGACUUCUACAAGGCCCUGGUCACCACGGAGACGGCGGGGCUGGGCUACAUGGACGUGCUGCGGAUGCUGACGGGGCCCGUCUACGCCCAGAGCUCCGCCCUCGGCCACAAGCAGGCCUACUGCUCCAUCGCCAAGUGUGUGGCGGCGUUGACCACGGCCUGCCCCCGCGAGGGCCCCGCCGUGGUGGGCCAGUUCAUACAGGAUGUGAAGAACAGCCGCUCCACCGACUCCAUCCGGCUGCUCGCUCUGCUCUCAUUGGGCGAGGUGGGGCACCAUGUGGACCUGAGCAGCCAACCAGAGCUCAAGACGGUCAUCCUCGACGCCUUCUCCUCCACCAGUGAAGAGGUGAAGUCUGCUGCCUCUUAUGCGUUGGGGAGCAUCGCUGUGGGGAAUCUUCCAGAAUAUCUUCCCUUCGUCCUGCAGGAGAUCUCCUCCCAACCCAAACGGCAAUACCUGCUGCUGCACUCACUGAAGGAGAUCAUAGGUUCGUCCACGGUGGCGGGGCUGAAGCCCUACGUGGAGUCGGUGUGGACUCUGCUGCUGAAGCACUGCGAGUGCCAGGAGGAGGGAACCCGCAACGUGGUGGCAGAGUGCCUCGGCAAGCUGACCCUCAUCGACCCCGAGACCCUGCUGCCAAGGCUCAAGGGAUACCUGCUGUCAGGCUCCUCCUAUGCCAGAAGCUCUGUAGUAACAGCGGUUAAGUUCACCAUCUCUGACCAGCCACAGCCGAUAGAUCCCCUGCUGAAGAACUCUAUAGGUGACUUCCUGAAGACCCUUGAGGACCCCGACCUGAAUGUGCGUCGCGUUGCCUUGGUAACCUUCAACUCUGCAGCCCAUAAUAAGCCCAGUCUGAUCCGAGAGCUGCUGGACACCAUCCUGCCCCACCUCUACAACGAGACCCGCGUCCGCAAGGAGCUCAUCAGAGAGGUGGAGAUGGGCCCGUUCAAACACACAGUGGACGACGGGCUGGACCUGAGGAAGGCUGCGUUCGAGUGCAUGUACACACUGCUGGACAGCUGCCUGGACCGCAUCGAUAUCUUCACCUUCCUCAACCACGUGGAGGACGGGCUGAAGGACCACUACGACAUCAAGAUGCUGACCUUCCUGAUGCUGGCCAGACUCUCCUGUCUGUGUUCCAGCGCCGUCCUGCAGCGCCUCGACCGGCUGGUGGAGCCGCUCAGAGCCACCUGCACCACCAAGGUUAAGGCCAACUCGGUGAAGCAGGAGUUUGAGAAGCAGGAUGAGCUGAAGCGGUCGGCCAUGCGGGCGGUGGUGGCGCUGCUGGGCAUCCCGGAGGCGGAGAAGUCGCCCCUCAUGGCCGAGUUCCAGUCCCAGAUCGCCUCCAAUCAGGAGCUGGCCGCCAUCUUUGACUCCAUACAGCGAGACUCCACCUCCGCCAACAUGGAGUCCAUGGACACUAGUUAAGGAGACUGCAACUCCCAUCAUGCACCACACACACACUGACACACACACACUGACACACACACUCACACUCACACACACCCACACACACCCACACACACACAUAGACACUCACAGACACUCAGACACACACAGACAUAGACACCAUCUGUUGUUCUUACUCUCCUUGCGCCGGUUUCCCAUGAUGCACUGCAGCAGGAGGAGUUCUGCAUGGACAAACAGGAACAGGAAAUCAAAGCGUGGAAGCUCCUCCCAUUUUCUUUCAGGAUGCCGGCUGAUUGGCUGAUGUUCCUUGUUUAUUUUGGGGUUUGUUGUUUUUUUCUAAUUCCAGAAGUACUGCAGGUGCCUCAACCUGAUUGGCCACUGUGGAGUGACUGACAGUUGGCAUGCGAUCAAACUCACCAUUGGUUAUGGCUUGCCUGCGACCUGGCAGCCAAUGGGAGAAGGGCUUGCUCAGUUCAACAGGCUGGCGUCCAAUAGAAAGCUUGGAUGAUGGGGGGGCAAGCGAGAGCUGCUUCUAGCGGACUGGAAGAGACUGUUGGUUCACCUCCCAUCACUGUCAAGACCAGAGCAAACGAUAGCAAAGAACACUCCACACACAAGACCAGAGAAAGACCAGACCGUAGACAGACCGGAGACAGACCGUAGACGGACCCAAGACGGACCAGCAUAAGAAUAGACCACACACGCACGCAUACACACUGAGACACACGCACAGAGACAGAAUGCAAAACCCCCCACACACACCUGUAGACAAGAGAUGGACUAGACUGUGGACAGACCGACGGACUAGACUGUGGACAGACAGACUUAACUAUGUACAGACAGACCUGACCAUGUGCUCUGACUCUAUGCUGUGGUUAGCAGGAGUUAACUGUGUUGGCUACGGCUAGUGGUGGUUAUCUGUUGGCUACGGUUAGCUGAAGCAAGCGUCGGUUAGCCGUGUGAGCUACGGUUAGCCGUGGUUAGCCGUGUUAGCUCUGCUGUGAUCAGGAGUGUUCUUGUUUAUCUCAAGUCAAUAAAGAGGUCCAUUUCUGCCUGAUUGAUGUCCUCUGUGUUUCUGUUCUCAUGGCUUCUGAACACUCGAAUAAAUCAAUUCACUUCUUACUAGCUAGUAAAUUCACUAGUAGUUAGCUAGUCAAUUCACUCCUAGUGGCUUGUCAAUUCACUAUUAGGUAGCUAAAUCGAUUCACCGC